AUGGCUGAUCAACUCAACAUGUCUGGCCUGAACCUUCAGGACCAGCAGAACCAACCCCGCUCGUACAUCCCGCCUCACAUGCGUAAGAUGGGUGGUGCGGCUCCUCCGGCGAUGAACGGUGGCGGUGGUGGUAUCAACAACAGCGCUUGGGCUGCUGGUGGCCAGCAGAACUUCAACGCUGCCCAGCCCGGCGGCGACUGGCCUGCCAUGGGCGGCCCUGGCGGUCCCGGCGGUCCCCCCGCCGCUGCCCCUGCUCCUCAGCAAAACUUCCAACCCCGCGGUGGACGUGGUGGCUGGCAGGGAGAGGGCGGUGGCCGUGGCGGUUACAGCGGUGGUGGCUACGGUGGCCACGCCGCUGGCGGUGGUGGUGGUGGUGGCCAGCAGGCUCGCGGCUCUGGCGAUGGUCAGUGGCGUGACGGCAAGCACAUUCCCGGCCCCGCCAACCCUCGUGUUGAGCGUGAGCUCUUCGGUACCCCCGACGACCCGUCCAAGCAGCACACCGGUAUCAACUUCGAGAAGUAUGACGACAUCCCCGUCGAGGCCUCUGGACACGACGUUCCCGAGCCCGUCCUGGCCUUCUCGAACCCUCCCCUCGACAACCACCUCAUCGGCAACAUCGAGAUGGCCCGCUACAAGGUCCCCACCCCCGUCCAGAAAUACUCGAUCCCCAUCGUCAUGGGCGGUCGCGAUCUCAUGGCUUGUGCCCAGACUGGUUCCGGAAAGACUGGUGGUUUCCUCUUCCCCAUUCUGUCCCAGGCCUUCAUCAACGGCCCCUCUACCGUUCCUCCCAACGCGGCUGGUGGAUUCGGUCGUCAGCGCAAGGCUUACCCCACCUCUCUGAUUCUGGCUCCCACUCGUGAGCUGGUUUCCCAGAUCUACGAGGAGUCUCGCAAGUUUGCGUACCGCUCUUGGGUCCGCCCUUGCGUCGUCUACGGUGGUGCCGACAUCGGCUCCCAGCUUCGCCAGAUUGAGCGCGGUUGCGACUUGCUCGUUGCUACUCCGGGACGUCUUGUCGAUCUCAUAGAGCGUGGUCGCAUCUCCCUGCAGAACAUCAAGUACCUUGUGCUUGACGAGGCUGAUCGCAUGCUUGACAUGGGUUUCGAGCCCCAGAUUCGCCGCAUUGUCGAGGGCGAGGACAUGCCCGACGUCCAGAACCGCCAGACUCUCAUGUUCUCCGCCACUUUCCCCCGCGACAUCCAGAUGCUCGCCCGCGACUUCUUGAAGGACUACGUCUUCUUGUCCGUCGGUCGUGUCGGUUCCACCUCUGAGAACAUUACCCAGAAGGUCGAGUACGUCGAGGACGUUGACAAGCGCUCUGUGCUUUUGGACAUUCUCCACACCCACGGUGCCGGUCUCACCCUUAUCUUCGUCGAGACCAAGCGUAUGGCCGACUCUCUUUCCGACUUCCUGAUCAACCAGAGCUUCCCCGCCACCUCCAUUCACGGUGACCGCACCCAGCGUGAGCGUGAGCGCGCUCUCGAGUUCUUCCGCAACGGUCGUUGCCCCAUUCUGGUCGCUACUGCUGUCGCUGCUCGUGGUCUCGAUAUCCCCAACGUCACCCACGUUGUCAACUACGACUUGCCCACCGACAUUGACGACUACGUUCACCGUAUCGGUCGUACUGGUCGUGCCGGAAACACUGGUCACUCCACUGCAUUUUUCAACCGUGGAAACCGUGGUGUCGUCCGCGAGCUUCUCGAGCUUCUUAAGGAGGCUAACCAGGAAGUUCCCAGCUUCCUCGAGACCAUUGCCCGUGAGUCUUCCUUCGGCGGUGGCCGUGGCGGUCGUCCUCGUGGCGGCGGCCGUGGACAGAGUGGCAACCGCGAUUUCCGCAAGUACGGCGGUGGUGGUGCCGGCGGCGGCGGCGGCUUCGGUGGUGCCCCUGGCGGCGGCUUCAGCGGCGGCGGUGGUGGUGCCUACGGAGGUGGUGGCGGUGGUUUCGGCGGCCCCCCUGCUGGCGGCUUCGGCGGCGGUGCUGGUGGUGCUGGCGGUGCUGGCGGUGCUGGCGGUGGCGGCUACAGCGGUGGCGGCGGUGGUGGUGGCUACGGCGGCGGUGGCUACGGCAACCCCGGUGGCCCUGGCGGAAACUCGUCUUGGUGGUAA